AAUUUCAGUCAGUUGAUUUGAUUGAUUGAGUAAAUCCCCAAAAGGCUAAAAAUCUGUCCAAAAAUCUUAGAAAAAUUGUAUUUUCUAAAUUAAACCACUUUCAUAUUAUUAUAUAUUUUUGGAGUUAUAAAGAAAUCUUUAAAAAUUGACCUAAUUCAAAGGGGCUGUAACGAUGAAGCUGCCAAAGUCCUUGUGGCUACUGACACCGUCGACACGUCGGAAAUUGGGCCGGAAUGUCAGCACAUGGUCUCCACUUGCCACUGCCUUUAACACCAGACCCAGCACUAGGCCCAUAUUUGAAAAUUUGAGGGAAAGAACUGGUCUUUUUAACAAACCAGAGCUCACCAGUUUCGAAGGCUUUUAUACACUUAAAGAACAGGCCAUUGCAGCCACUGAGCAGCUGAUUGAAGAAGCCACUUCAAAUCCCACCAGACCCAUGGUGGAGAUCUUCGAUGAACUCUCCGAUACACUAUGUAAAGUUGCUGAUUUAGCUGAGUUUGUGAGAAUAGCCCACCCACAAUCACACUUCGCAAAUGCUGCUGAAGAUGCAUGCAUCAGCAUUAGUGGUGUUGUAGAAAAGCUGAACACAGAUAAGAGAUUAUAUGAGGCAUUAAGAGAUUCAGUGAAGAAAGGCACAUCGGGUGAUCAGCAUUUGGCAGAAUUGUUUCUGUUUGACUUUGAGCAAAGUGGCAUUCAGCUUGAGGAGAAGAAGAGGAGGCGUGUCGUGGGCCUCAAUGACCUCAUUCUGCAGACAGGACAGAGGUUCAUGGCGGGCGCGGCCCAGCCUAGAAGAGUGCCAAGAAAUGUGGUGCCCUCCAAUGUCAGACAGUUCUUCAGCACAGAAGGUGACGACAUAAUAGUGAGCGGUGUGUACGCUGAGUGCGGGGAGGCCGCCGCUAGGGAAGCUGCUUACAGACUGUACCUGGCUCCGGAUGAGAGACAGGACCAGUUGUUGACAACUACACUUGAUGCAAGGCAUGAGAUGGCUUCUAUAUGUGGUUUCGAUUGUUAUGCCGACAGAGCGAUAAAUGCAAGCACAAUGGAGACAGCACCUAACGUGCGUCAGUUUCUCGACCUCUUAUCAGACAACCUCCACGACCGCGCUCAACUGGACUUCGAAGCUAUGCUCAAGAUGAAGAAGAAGGAAACCCCAUACCAGAACGCACUGGCUUGCUGGGACACUCCAUACUUCACACAUAAGGCCAAGACGCAAUUACUGAAUGUAGCCAAUUCAGAUUUCAGCCCAUAUUUCUCCUUAGGAGGGUGCAUGGAGGGUCUCAAUAUGCUAUGCCAGGAACUGUACGGUAUCACGUUGAAGUCUGAAGAAAUGUUGCCAGGUGAGUCGUGGUCCCCGGACGUGUACAAGCUGGCGGUGGUGCACGAGCGUGAAGGUCUGCUGGGCCACAUGUACUGCGACCUGUACUCGCGCCCGGGCAAGCCGCACCAGGACUGCCACUUCACCAUACAGGGCGGGAAGUUGUUGCCAGAUGGCUCUUAUCAGAACCCGAUAGUAGUGAUAAUGCUGUCGCUCUGCGGGGGCCACCGUUCGGGCCCGGCGCUGCUGUCGCUGGGCGCGGUGGACAACCUGUGGCACGAAGCGGGGCACGCGCUGCACUCGAUGCUGGGCCGCGCGCGGCACCAGCACGUGGCCGGCACGCGCUGCCCCACCGACCUGGCCGAGGUGCCCAGCGUGCUCAUGGAGUACUUCGCUAGCAGUCCGCAGGUGGUGCGCCGCUUCGCUCGUCACUUCCAAACCCGCGAACCGAUGCCUGAAGAUAUGAUCCACCGACUGUGUGCUUCCAAAUAUCUCUUCGGUGCAAGCGAAAUGCAACUGCAGGUGUUCUACUCAGCGCUAGACCAGCGUUACCACGGACCGGACGCAUCUUUUGGUGGGAAAACAACACAAGUGUUACAAGAAGUACAGAAACAAUACUACGGCCUGCCUUAUGUUGAGAAUACCGCGUGGCAGCACCGUUUCAGCCAUUUAAUCGGCUACGGCGCAAAGUACUACUCGUACCUCAUAUCCAGAGCCGUGGCCUGGAGCGUGUGGAGGAAACAUUUUCACGAACAACCUCUCAGUAGAACCGCCGGGGACCAUUUCAGGCAGUCUGUUCUGAGGCAUGGGGGCGCUGUUCCACCACAGAAACUCCUCCGCGAAUACCUGGACACGGAGAUCACACCCAACACGCUAGCCAACGCGUUGGCCGACGAGUUGGACUACCAUAAAGACCAUCUCGACACAGUCUUCAAAAUGACAGACAAGUGAACAAACUAUUUGUUAUUAUGAUAUCAACUCGAGGAAAGUUUCAUUUUUAUUGGAUCAUUCUUUGACCCGAAAUAUUAUCUCAUGAGUUAUGGGAAAAUGAUAUGGUUGAUUGUUUUCUAUGUAAAUAUUGUUGUAUAAUGUUGGUGUAAAUAUGUAGUGAAUAUUCUUAAUUAUAUUUGCGAGUAUUAGUGAAAAUAGUUUGAUAACAUAGAAAGAGAAAACUGAAGACAUAGUCAUAUCUUUGGUUUCGUUCAUGAAAUAAAUAGAAAUGGUUGAGAAAAAACGAGACAGAUAAUAAUUUUAAUAUCUUUAUCGGCUUUUAGAAGGUCGAGCGUGAAUCGUUCAAAUACGCGGCUACGUUUACCUAUAGUUUUCUCGGUCUUCGCCUUCUGGCGAUAGCUGGACCAAAACGUGUCUUCCGUCGAAUCUCAAUCUACCUACUUCAUUGAUAUUUCUUUUGUGAUCACGACUAGAGCCAUGCCCCAUUGUUCAGUCGUGCUGCGUUGCAACUACGCAGCACGUUACGCUCGGUUGUUGUCUAUAGGUUUUGACACUGAUGUGCGUUAAUGUACGUCGAAACUUCAUACAAUUUCUGCGAUCUGACGGACGUCAAGACGACGCGACUAAUCAAUUGGGCAUGGUUCUUAUAGUAUUAAAAUUUUAUUUUACAUGAUAUUUCAUUUGUGAUCAUGGUAAAUAAAACAACAUCGGAAAAUUAUAAA